CACUGAUAUUGACAGAGACAGGAUAGAGGGUUGUACUGUUGAAAGAGUGAGCGGUGCUUCGGUUUCGUGAAAGUAGACAAAAUAGUGGGAAAUAUUCUUUGUAGUUGGCAAAGUUAGAUAUAAUAUCUUCAAGAUGGUUUGUGGGGGAUUUACGUGUUCUAAAAAUGCUCUUUGUUCUCUCAACGUGGUGUACAUGUUGGUUGGUCUGUUGCUGAUUGGCGUUGCAGCGUGGGGGAAAGGCUUCGGCAUCGUGUCCAGCAUCCACAUCAUCGGCGGGGUCAUCGCUGUGGGCGUCUUCUUACUGCUUAUCUCCAUCGUGGGUCUCAUUGGAGCCCUCAACCACCACCAAGUCAUGCUCUUCUUUUACAUGGUCAUUCUGUUCCUGGUGUUUCUUUUCCAGUUUGGUGUGUCCUGCUCCUGCCUGGCUAUUAACAAGGGACAGCAGGUGAAGCUGUUGAGUGCUACCUGGGCAUUGAUGAGCAACGACACACGGCUGGGCGUGGAGAACAAGUUGAACUGCUGUGGGCUGCUGAACAACAACCAGAGCAAAGAGCAGUUCAACGAGGACGUGACACUCUGCAAUGCGCCCUGUAAACAUGGCGGGUUCUGUUUCACCUGUGGGGACUUGAUGCUGAAGCACGCUGCAGAGGCUCUGAAAAUCCUGGGUGCAGUAGGACUCUUCUUCAGCUUCACAGAGAUCUUGGGUGUGUGGCUGGCUGCACGUUACAGGAACCAGAAGGCUUCAAGAGCCAACCCCAGUGCAUUCCUAUAAGAGCAGAGCGUGAAGAGGUCCACAAGUUACGCACCAUGAUAUAGAUAUACACCAGGGUACCAAACAUACACACACACACAAAAUACAACAUUGGAGAUACACAGAUGUGCCAAUAUGAAAAGAACAACACACACUUGCAGCCUGAUGCCAAUUGACAACCCACUAAGUACCUUCUGGUUCUCACAUGUGCAUACACGCACUGGGGAAGAAAAGGCCAUGUUGGUCUGUACAGUUUCUUCUCAUGUAUGAUAGGAUUGUUCAACAGCUUUUUUUUGUAUAACUUGUGUAUGUCAGUGUUUCUCAACCUCUGGUCUGUGGACCUCUUUGGGAUAAUGGGGACCACUCACUCAGAUGCUAAUACUUAUUUACUUGGUUCUUAAUUAGAAGUUUUAAACAACACAGUUCUCCAGAGGUAUAUCUGGUUCAUGUUCAUUAGGCACCAAACAGAAGAACAUGUACAGAAACAAGGAGGGACCUGCACUUUUCCAAUAAGAAAGUUUUUAUUUUCCUUUCUACGUUUUGCUACGGUGUGCUCUAAUGAAUAUGAGCCUGUGCUCACUAGUCCCUGGGACCAAACCCAUUCAGAGACCCCUCUCCCUGUCUGUCCAUGAUGUGGUUAGACUACACAGAUGCAGCACCCUGUGCACCAACUACCAGCAUAGCACUGUGUGUGAUGGCAUACACAGAAUUGUUCUUAUUUUAACCAAGAAAAAUCAUUUAUAAUUUAAGGGUUUUAUCUAUGCCACAAAAUGUUGUAAUUGUGACAAUUUUACAUAGGCUUCUGUUCAUUUUUAACAAGAUGUCCUUGUGUGCGGUGUGGCCAUCAAUAUGUCUUGACAAAGAAAGAGGUGCCAUAUAGAUAAUGUCAUGUUAGUGCCUCGGGUGGGAAUUAGAUUUUGUGCCAAACUAUUGAUUAAGAGGGGGAUACUGAAUUGGAUAGUCUAUAGCGACAUUUCUCUUCCUUUGGAGCUAAAACAUAACACUUUAAUGGAGUUAAGAAUGAUGAGACAGUUCAGACAAAAUGUGGGUGUAAUUCAGUUAACCCCCCCCCAUCCAUUCACAAUGACGGCCUGGGAACCCACUGUUCCCAAGCCGUCGUUGAAAAUAAGAAUGUGUUCUUAACUGACUUGCCUGGUUAAAUAAAGGUAAAAAAAUAAAAUAAAUAAAUAGCACUUUAUUCAA